UUGAAAUUAUUAUCUUAGCUAAUAAUGUCACAAAAUUCUCGAUCUCAUUUGAGUGUGAACGAAGAACAGUUAAAGAAGAGGGUAAAUACCCUUGAGAAUCAUGAAGUUACUAUCCCGAAUAUGGCUCAGAAGAGCCGGAAGUGCAACUUCUACUGCUGCAUGAUUAUAUUUUGAUUAAUCUCACUAACUAUUUUGAUAAUGGGGACAUGCAUGCUCAUUAUCAAGUGGAGAAAUGCUCAUAUAAUUUUUACUGCCUUUGCAGUCUGAUUUUUAAUUAUAUCAUUAUUGUUCGUAGCCAGGUAUAUACUUCAUGUCAGUAUUUUCCCUGGCUCACUGAUCUGCAUAAGGAAAAUGCUUGAAGACUCUGUCUCAAGGCAGGUCUCUAAAGUUUACUCUAAGCGUAUACUCUCGUACAUCGAGAUAGUGGAAUCAAUGAAGCAGAAAUAAAUUGAUGAAUUCUGCUGAUCAGGAAGUCAUCCAGGAACAAACAGAGGAGGUUCGAAGAAUGCUCGAGUUUUUGCUUUGUGAUCCUGAGAAACUUAAAAAGGAUGGCUUCUUAUCUAAAAAUUCAAUCUAUUCUAAAAUAAUGCGUUUGAACGAUCUGAUUCAUACUUCAGAGAUUUGCAUCUCGACAGGAUCUUUUGAGCCACUGAUAAAAGUUGGAGAAUAUUUAUCCAAAGUGAACACCUCAUUUUCUUCAAACAAAUUAUGCUUAUAUUUUAGAAACAGUGAGGAAAAGGAAGAAAUUUUAAAAUUGAUGACAGAUAUAGCAAGAAAGCUUGCUGCUUAUGGAGAGAAAAGCAGUUGUUGAUCAUUCAUAUGUUUCUGCAGAAAGCCUAAAUUUGCUUCACCAGAUCAAAUGAGAUGGUCUCUUGAGACAAAGUUUCAUGGGAGACAUCAUACAAUCCAAACGAUUACAAGCCAAGGGAUGUUGUGCUGCCAUAAGACUCCUACCUUAGAUGCCUACUUUCUGCCUUGAAUCUACAGUAAGGACAGAGAAGUUGAGGAGAGAGCCAUCAAGGAAUGCCCUACUGUGAUUAUUUGAUUUCCUAACGGAGGAUAUAUUGAAUAUUUCUAUUUCCAGUGUGAAUGGGUGAACUUCUAUCUUGAGUUAGGUAUAAAUGUGUUCCUUUGGAAUUAUAGAGGGUUCUAUAACUCCACUGGAUAUCCGACAUCACAGAACAUUAUUGAUGAUGUUGAGCUGGUGUAUGACUAUAUUAGAGGAGAAAUUGGUGCACAGGGCCCUAUCGGCACUCAUGGUGAAAGCUUAGGUGGAUACGCAGCUACUCAUCUUGCGAAACACAGAGACAUAAAAUUUUUGCUGAUUGAUAGAUCAUUUUCAUGCAUUGAGGCACUUGCUAGGAUAAAGUAUGGAUAUUGCUCGAUGAAAUGUUUCAAAAUUAUUUCAGAAUUUAAUAUUCAUAAUGAUCUAAACUUUAUUGACUCAAAUUGCUUCAAGAUUGUUGCUCAAGACCCGGAUGAUGCAGUUGUUAAUAAUCUUGGAAAUUUGAAAAAUGGAAUAACUUUCAGGAUGAUUGAAAAGUCUCCUGAAUUAAAUCAUUUAAAAGAAAAGCAUGCUAAUGCUUUCUAUUAUGAUUUUUAUGAUCUUUAUCGACUUAAGAAAGAAAUAAAAAUAUUAUACAAAUAUUAUCGAAAUCAAGAACUACAAGAUGAGGAGAAGAAUGAGGAGCCUAUCAAUAAACAUUCUCUUGUUCAAUCUGGCUCUUCUACUUUUCCUCCUCAUACUGGUAACAAAAGUGUUGAUAAUAAAAGUGUAUCAGGCUGCACAAAGCCCAGUUCAAGAGGAUCUUUAUUUAAAAGCAUGACAGGAUCGGCACCUAGAAAAGAAAAAGAUUUCUAUAAUGGUGAAGAAUGAAAGAGUUCAGCUAAUAUAGAAGAAAACUGGAAUAUCAGAAAUUCUUCUAACCAGUCACAGACUAAUUUGAGGAAGAUAAAUACUAGUUAUUAUCUCCGCUCCAUAACUCGUAAAACAUCAAAGAAGGUUUCUAUUGACGAGGAGGAAGACUUGUCUCUAUCAGAUGAUUCAAUGUCUGCCAUUGUUAGCAACAUAGAUCAUUUUAAUACUCACAAGCUUCCAGAGAAUCUUAUCAAAGAUCUGUAUUUAAUGAUCAAGAUGACUACAGCAAUGAUUUAUAAACUAGACUCAGCAGGAGAUAACCUCAAAGCUAUCUUGAUCAGGUGAGGUAUCCUUGAAAGUGAUGAUAUCCCAAGAGAGUUGCAUCUAUCAACAGGAACCCAAGCACGUAUCAGAAAUUUUUAUAUUUAUCUUAUCAAUUUUGAGAUCUGGGGAAGCUAUAGCAACAGUCCUUAUAAAGGGCUCCUUGAAAGGAGAAUGAAGGCUCUAUCCUCUCUUGGAGAUCUAACGAAUUCAUUAUUAUUAAAUCUUAAAAACUUUCGUAAUAAGUACCCAGAUUACGAUAAAUAUGUGUGUAAAGUCUUGAUCAGCGUUAUCAAAGUGGUGCUUCACUUUGAUUUAAUAAAGAAUAUGCUAGUUAAAAAGAAAGACAUGACCAGUGUGGAUUUGAACGAUGUCCAGAUCCAGAAUUUUAGCUUGACCCUCUCAAAGAGAAACAUGAAAGGAAAAUAACAUCUCUAUUGAUCAAGAGUUCGAUAAAAUUGAUAAACUUGGAAAACUGAAUCUCUCUGAUAUUCAAGAAGAAGAAAAAGAGUCCUCUUACAAUCUUGUUGGGAUUAACGAUGAGAAGGAAAAAAGACGAAAUAGGAGGAGCUCAACAUGUAUGAAAAGUCCAAUAGCUUCGAUCAGCCCAAAAAGGCCAAUCUGAGGAUCUCAUUUUUCGACAAAUAGCAUUAGUGAGAUGUACAAAGAAUCUACUAAAAAUUUAUUAUAUGCAUAUAAGGAAGAACUUGGGAAAAUCUCAGAUUGACCAUGAAGCGGAUUUUCUUCAGGCAUAAAGCUCACUGGCAGCAAGAAAUGAUAUUACUGUAGAGAAUAUGAGAAAACGGAGGAAAAGUUUACAUCUUGACAUCCUCUAUAUCAAUCAUGGAACCAGCCAUCUCAGGACUCCAUUGGAGUCUUCAUCAAUCUGAAGUGAGGACAUAGAGGAAAUUAUAAUGAGAAAGAGAAGAAAGUAUUAUGCCACUGGAUGAAAGAAGGAGGCUUCUCUAAUGAAGAUCCAUACUUCCUCAACUUCACUGAUGACCUCAGUGAGUCUGGGUAUGGGGAUGAUUCCUCUGAUAGUUUGACUCCUCCUAAUGUAAGAAGGAAGAAAUCGAAUAUAAGACGAAAUAGUCAUACUCCCGAGAAGUCAAGUCAUCCUUCCCAAAGGAGUUUCACUCCUGAGAUAAAGUCCUCGAAACAAAUACCAGGCUCUCCUUUUCAUAGGAGCUUAAUACAAGAUGAAGAGGAGGACUAAGAAUUAUCAUGAAAGGAGUAAUUAGAUUUAGAAUAUUCAAU